AAUAAAAUUUGCAAUACUGGAUAAAAAAAUUGUGUAUAUAAUUUGCUUGACUUCUAUAACAUGAGCAGCCACUUUUCUUUGUAGUAAGAAAAGGUUAUAAAUGAACCAAAUUCUGUCUUGCCUAAAAAUAAUAAUGCUUAAAUACAAAAGGAUAAAAGGGGAUCGGUGCAUCUUAGACUUUUCAAGCUUAUGUUAGGUCGCUCUUUAUUAAAUGUUCUUCAAGAUGAUAAAUGUACAAAGCUUUUUAAUAUGUAGAUCCAAAAAGAAAAUUAUAUGAGGAAAAUAGUGAAUAAAAAAAUAGUUUCUUUAAAGGUUGAAGAAGAUUAAGAUAUGGUUCUCACAAUUAUUAAAAAAAGUUAUAAGAACAAAUUUGAGUAGUAAUUUUUAAUAAAUGCUAUUAAAGAUCUUGAUUUUUUUGAAAAAAACACUUUCUUGUUAGAGUAGUAACACAAAUUGAGUAAUAUUAUCAAUAUUAAGUCUGUUUAAAAAGGAACCAUAUUGCUAGAAAUAGGAGAUUCUUGUAGCUGUUAUUUUAUCAUUGUUAAAGGAUUAGUAUAUGGUAUGCAUCCUAAGCUUAGAGCUUUUAAAAGAAAAUAAAAUAAGAAGAAUAGCGUUGUAUUUAAUUCUUAGUAGAAUGGUACCAGCUAAAUAGAAAAAUAAGGAACUCAAGAUGUAGAUGCUUAAAAUAUUCCUUUAUUAGCUAAAUAAGAGUCGUUUUCUAUCAAUCAAAAUCAUAUUAAUUCAAAUACACCCAAAAAUUCUCCAAAAGCAAAAUUACUUUUUAGACAAUAAUCUAAAUCUCUUUUUAACGAGAGUCCUCUUUCUAUUCCCUAGAUGUUCCCUCACAUGGAUAUAUUAUAGACAUAUAAACCAGGCGAUUCCUUUGGAUAGGUAUUUCUAUUGUCUAAUAGUGUUUCAGAAAUGACGUUUGUGUGUGGAGAAGACUGCGAAUUUUUAACUAUUUCAAAACAAGACUAUGAGGAACUAGUAGGAAUAUAGAGAGAAUAAAUACUGAGAUAGAAACUAGAAUUUUUAGAGAAGUUUGAUAUUUUUUAUAAUUUUACUAACAUAAUGCUACUUCAUAUUUUAGAAUUAAUGCAAAUUUAAAAGCUAGAUAAAAAUCAAGUCAUAUUUAAGUAAGGAGAAGAAUGUAAGUAUAUUUACUUUAUUAGGUAAGGGGAAGUAAGAAUUUCUUUUACUUAUACUCCAGAAACAUAUCAAUCAGAUAUCAAAUUAGCUUAAAGUAAACUAUCCUCAAAGUAAUAAGAAGAAGAAUCGCCUUAAAAUGUUUAACAGGAAACUUAUAAAGAAAAAUAAAAUAAAAACAAAAAAAGAUUUUCCUAAUCUUAAUCAACAGCAGAUGAUAAGACUGAUUAAAUUGAUUAAAAUUAAGCUAUUAGUAAAAAGAUUAACCAAAAUGAGAUCUAAAGCGAUUAGGAAAUUCUUAAAACGCUUGAGUUACAAAGUAAGCAAGUUAAAAAUUCUCUAUUGACUUAAUACAACUCAAAUUUGGGUAGGAAAACAACAAAAGUACUAGAUAUUAUUAUACUCUCGUAGAAUACAUAUUUUGGAGAAGAAGAUAUAAUAAGUAAUCAAUAAAUAAGAAACUAUACAGCUACUUGCCAGUCUUCUCAGACUGAAAUAUUUAGAAUAGAUGCCUAGAGAUUAAUAAAGAUUCUGAAGAUUUAAAAUACAUAUAAGAAAAUGAUUUAAACACAAAAGACUAAAACUAGCUGGUAUGUUUAAAGAAGAAAUGAAUUAGUUUAAUUUUGUUAAAAUUAAAAUUCUCAAAAAACACAUCAAAACUCUGGCCAUCAGGAAAAUUAGCUUAUUUUUAAAAGUUUAAAGAACAAUUUUAGUGAAAAGGACUUAAAGAGCUUUUAAAAAAAUAUUCAAUCGAGAAGAGGAAGUGCCAUAAAUAAUCAUCAAACUAUUUUUUCUAAUCCUUUUCUUUCAAGUAUUAAUGUGCCUUAAGCAGGAUCUACGAAUGUUAUUUAAAAGAAUAGUUUCAGCCUAACUGGAAUCGAAGAAUAAAGAUUAAAAAUGAACCAUUAAUUAUUUUAGGAGAAGCUCUUUACAAAAGAUUUUUAACUAGAAAGUAACCGAGAUUUCAUUCCUAGUAAAUCUUCAGUGUCUUUCAAUUUCAUUGAUAAUUUGUAUAAAAAUUAAGAUAAAUCUAGUGCUGUUAGUAGAAAUCUAAAAAAUUUUCUUUCUCCUUAACAAAAAAAUUUUAAACAAAACAUGUUUAGCUUUAGUCAAAAAAGCUAAUAGAAAAUUGAAACAAAAAGAUAUACAAAUCUCUUGUCAAUAAAAGAGUAGCCCUCAUCUCUUGAGUAAUAGAAAAUUCUUAAUACCUAAAUCUUUUCUUUGUAAAGCAUUAGCAAGAUAGAAGAUCCUCAAUUAACAGUCAAGGAUGAAGAAAUUUUUGAAUCAAAGGAAAAAAAAAGUAAAAAAUCAAAACUUAAAUUGCAAAUUAAAGAAAAGAUAAAUGAAUAAGCAAAUAAAAGUAACUUUAAUGAAGCCUUUAACUUAAAAGAAAUUUCACCCUUAAAGUAACACCGUAAAUCUUUUUAUAGCUUAGCUCAUUCACCUGAUAAUAAGUUUCUCAUUGAUGGUUUUAAAUUUGAAAAAUAAUUAAAUGAAUUUACUUCUCCACUUGCUAAAGGAUUUUUAUACAAAGAUAAUUUUAUCAUAUAAGCAAAAAAUUAAAGAAAAUCAGUUCAAUAAAGCCCUAAUUUUAUGCCUAAUUCUCAUAAUUCUCAGCAAUUUUCAUUAAAAAGCUCUAUAAUAAUUUCUGAUGAUAAUAAAAACAAACUGGAAGAAAAUUAAAACGUCUUUGAUAGUAACUAACAAAUACUGUACUAUCCCUCUACUCUAUAAAAUUUAGAUUCUAUACCUUUAUUAGCUAAGAAUAAAAACAGAACUUUUUCGUUGAAUCCAACGUCUCUUACUUCUUCUUAAGUCAAAUCUACUAGUAUCUAAAGUGAUUUAGAUAAAACUGAAUAAACACAAUAAAAUUUGUAAAUAAAAUCAUAUUAUAUUUCUGAUAACAGCAAAAGUCAAUAAAAUAUAAGCUAGUCUAUAAGUAAGUUAAAUUAAAGCUCAUCUAGGCCAAAAAUAUUUCUAAAUAACUCAGCUAAGAGUAUUGAUACAAUAUAAUUUGAAAAUAAAAACCCUUUGAACAAAGUAAGUUAUAUAAUUUAAAGCUCAUAAAAUAGCAGAAAGAAUAGUUAUUUAAACCUUAAUUAAGAUGAAUAGACAUUUAAUUAAGAUUAACUCUAAAUUCCAUCAAAAUUAGCUGAUUUCGAUCAUAUUCAAUCUAGGAAUGCUUAAAUUUUGCAAUAAUACAAUAAAGAAAAGUUUGGCUAAAGAAUAACCAAUAUUUUUAAGUUAAAUAAACGUUUAGUAAAUUCUAAUAAAGAAAAAGUGUUAAAUUUUUUAAUUAAUAAAUAGAGUUAGGUCCAGUGA